GGUGGCAUCCCUCAGGGGGUCAGCGGUGUUUGAAGAUGAUAAUUGGAAUUGAGCCGAUGUUAUGUGUCCCAACGGAACCCUUCAGACCAGACUGUGUGUGUAGGUAUAUGUGUGUGUGUGUAUUGGGGUAUAAAUAGAGAGGAGUAUGAAGAUGGUCUCAAGCACUGAAACUCCAAGACAAGAGCUUUUCAGACUUGCACUUCACAGAAGAUUCACAUCUGAACAAAACACAUCAAACAAGGUAAAAAGAGUGAUGGUCAGCGUGUGCAGGCUGUUGCUGGUUGCUGCCUUGCUGCUGUGUUUGCAAGCGCAGUUGUCUGUCUCUCAGCACUGGUCUCAUGGCUGGUACCCCGGAGGAAAGCGAGAAAUCGACUCUUACAGCUCGUCAGAGAUCUCUGGGGAGAUUAAACUGUGUGAAGCAGGAGAAUGCAGCUAUCUUAAGCCUCUUAGAACCAAUGUCCUGAAGAGCAUCCUGCUUGAUGCCCUUGCAAGGGAAUUCCAAAAGAGGAAGUGACCUCAUCAAAUCAUACCACGGCAUCAUAGCCUCUUUCUCAGCUCAUUCCACUGGUCUGGACAGAUGCCUCUGCUAUUCCGUGGGCGUGAACAUGUGUGUUUAUGUUUAUCUGGUUUUAGCAUCAUGCUUCCUCUCAUCUGUGUAUGAAGCAGCUCUGUG